AUAGAGGCCGUCAUACGGUGCGUUUGAGCGGUCCUGUUGUCGAGAAACUCAUCGCUGCUGUGCUGUGACGGUGCCCACCGGUGACGAUUAUAACGGCAGACUAAAACGUUAUGAAUUAUUGUUCCUCGGGCAGGAGCUACCAACCGAGUAUGCGUGCUGUGCUUGUAGUGGCACUCUCUGCCUCCUGCCUCGCUGUCUCAACUACACUAGCCUCGCCCUUACCCCCAUCAACUGGAGGGCCAGCACGGCAGGAUGCACGGCACGUCCUCAAAGGCGGCGCUGUCUACACGCAUGAGAGCCUCAGGAAGUUCGCCAGUGUAUGGGGCCACGACUCUGCAGCGCAUGGAGUCGACUACAUCCAAGUGUCUGCACUACGCCGCCUGGACCUCAUGCAGGCUCUUCACGACAGCACCAGAUCAGAGCGUUGCGUCGAGGCCCUGAAAGAAGUCAUUGAAGCCCGGGCGCAGCUUAAAAUGUGGGCUUUACAAAUGGACUACUCGUCCGUCGCCCUUCCCGAGGCAGUCUUGUCCGGCCGCAUGAGUCACUUGGGUGACUUUGACGCCUGCAUUGGAGCCCUAGACGCAAUGUACUGUUUGGUGGACGUCGAGAUUCGACCAAUGUCUGCAGUCGGGGCCCAUCCACAUCGACUGGACGAGAAGAGCCCGUUCGACUUCUCCAACGGCAGCAACGCCACACUCUGGGACGUGCUACGGACUUCCGGCAACCGAAGGCGUUAUCGGCGGGACUGGCAGCAGUGGGCAAUGUGCCUUCCAGCUGAGUGCGGUCGGCGUGGUGCACUAUCUGACCUGCAAAAGAACCCUAAAGCUCAUCACGGAUUAGCCGAUUUAAGUCAUCAUCUCGGUGAGGCCUUGGCAUCAGCUGUGAAUCCUAUAGGAGAGGCUUUAGGGGUCCAGUUACGUCUCCACAUUGAGCCCACGGACUGCUACAACCCACCCAGUCCAGGAGACCCUAACUACUCGCCUCUGUAUCGGCCUCUUUUCCUCUUUGGAAGCUUCUUCAUUCUUCUUUUCCCUGCACUAACGAUCGCUGCAUCAGUAAAAGAAAUGUGGUUCAACAACCGAGCCGAUAAAGCAGGUUUCUUCAUAUUGACAUUUAGCAUUCGAAACAACACCAUAAAACUUCUGAGAAAACAGGAAACAGAAAUACACGCUAUUCAGGGCAUUCGUGUACUUGCUACGAUCGGUGUCAUAGCUGGCCAUAGAGCUUAUUUUCCUCUCAUUGGACCAGUUCUAAACCCAGCAUGGUUCGAGCCUACGUUCCGUGCGCCAAUCGAGAUGGUUUUUAUCAAUGGACAUAUUAUAGUUGCGUCGUUUUUUGUCAUAUCUGCCUUUUUAGAAGCACGUUCGUGGCUGAAGGUCUUUGACGAAAUGGUCCAAAUUAGUGCAAGCUAUGUGAUCUUAUCCUUAGUUAGCCGAUAUCUCAGACUACUCCCUGCACUCGCUGUGAUGGUUGCCUUCGAGGCCCUCUGGCUGGAACACCUCGGCUCAGGGCCCAUUUGGAACCAGACAGUGGUGAAAAUAGCGUCGGAAAGCUGUCAGACGCACUGGUGGACCAACCUCCUGUUUAUCAACAACUACGUACACCCAGGGUGCCUGUUGCACACCUGGUUCCUGGCGGCCGUCAUGCAGAUGUCCAUGGUUGCUCCGCUAGUCAUGUUAGCGGCGCACCGCUGCUCGCGUCGCUGGAAGGCGCAGGCCGCGCUUCUGCCACCGCUGCUGUCGCUUGCUGUAGCCAGUACAGUUCUCUACAUCUGCACUGCGGCACAAGGCCUGCUGCCUGCUACAGCAAAUGUACCGAUGUUUAUGCGUGGAGCAAACAUGCUCUUUGAUGCCAAUUUUGUAAAUCAGUAUCUGCCCGCGCACACGAAUGCCAUUCCCUUUACGGUUGGCCUCGUGUCGGGCACCUUGCUGUACAUCUUGAGCAUCAAGCAGUGGGCGUUAUCUAUGGCGAUGCGCAGGUACCUGUUCCUCAGUAUUCCGAUUGGACUUGCCCUCAUGAUCAUCACAGUGAUGCUUGGGAUGGUGUACUUGAUGUAUGAAGCCCAGCAGCCCUGGCUGGAGUCCCUGUGGGCGCCAGCUAGGCUUAUAACCUUUUCGGUUGCCGUUGCCUGCAUAAUCGUCUCAUGUGCUCUUGGGUGUGGAGGUCCAUUUGGGCGGUUCCUUAGCUGCAGACCACUAAUAGCCCUGGGUCGAUUGACAUACUGCGUUUUCCUCGUUCAUCAGAGUUUAAUCACGGCCACUUCUGGUGCUGCUCGCCAACCUCUGUUCCUCAGCUGGUUCUCGUUUAUACACGCGGUGACUGGUGAUCUUUUUUGGUCGCUUAUUUUCGGCCUGCUUCUCCACCUAUGCGUCGAGGCCCCGAUGGUGAAUGUUUUAAAAACGGCUAUGGCAGCUCUCGCAGCCUACCAAGUGCCAGUGCUGGGUGGAUUGGACCAUGCGGGAUUACCAGCUUCGCAUGACGUCGUUACUAGAUUUUAGAUGAAGUAGCAAACACUCACAAAGUUCAAAUAUUUUCAGUUCACGAGGGCAUUGAUAUUUUACUCCCUCCAGUUUCAUUUAUUCAAAAGGUGAACGGGUACAGUGUUUUUUAUGAAACUAAACUAGGUAGAAUCGGCUCGAUUCCGCGGCUUCACCGAAUUGACUUCGAUUCAAUAGUCAAUUACCAUGAUGAUAUAAAACAUUCCAGGAAAGCUAAAAUGCAGAAGAAUGCGAAGGACAAGAAAACGGAAAUCGUUACGUUGAACCAUAGUGAGUUCCGUUUUUACCCCCAUUCUUUUGCGAUUCAGCUUGACCGGAAUGUAUUGUUUUGUUCUGUACGCAUGUCUACACGAUGUUAAAAUAUAAAUAAAAAAUUGUUUUGUUCUGUAUGCAUGUCUAUUCGAUGUUAAAUUAUGAAUAAAAAAUUGUUUUGUUCUGUAUGCAUGUCUAUUUGAUGCUGAAAUAUAAAUAAAAAAUUUGGAAACAUGGGAAUUCAAUAAACAAUUAAACUGUGCUUCUGAAAUCUUUAUUUCAAAUUUAAAUGUGAAAAAUUUAACACGCGUACCGGCGUACCGCCACCAAUUGGCUAAAUGACCCAAAAAACAAAAAAUACGAAACAUAAUCUUGUUAAUCGAAGGAAGCGACUUUGACAGGUGAAUUGUCUGACAAUGAAGAAGAUUAUGAUCUCGCAGCGGUCUCGUGGGCAGUGCAGUGAUUCAUCCUAACCACAUUAACUUCUGCAACAUUUAAACGAUAGUGGCAGAACAUGACAACAUGCGUUGGAAAUCAAUGCCUGUAAGAAAAAUGAUUUAAAAGAAAUAGUAACAUUAUAAAAAGCAAAGCAGAUUUUGUGAGGGGUUAACCAGAUAUUCCAUGAGCACUAAAACAUCUGAAUGGUCAACCCCUCGCACUUUUGAAGAGCCAUUUACCUUCAUCGUGCUUCAGAAGAUCAACCACUUUGGCUUUCCCAAGAAAGCCGUAAAAAGCAAUUUUAGGACUCUGACCAUUAGCAUUGAGGGUAUUAAAUGAAUAAGGUCAUCUCAGUAAGAGCAUAUCUUAUGUGUGAGGGUGACCCGUUGAGUUCCCUUCGACUGCCUCUUUCAUCUUAAAUAAGAGGAAGGAUGUUAACCGAGGUAUGUCCUCAAGUGAAAAUCGCGAGUGAAAGCCGAAUCCGCUGCCUUUUUGGCCCUAGCUUUAGCCAUUUGGAAGUUAUAGCAGGGUUGAAAUCACGAGUUGUCUGAUAACCAAGUGGUACAACACGAAAUGGACGUACAUGCUUCACACCGAGACCAAUAUUCCCAAAACUACGGAUUUAGCAGCGUGCUGAAACUGAACGUCUGA